UAAUUUUCCUAUAAAAAGAGGAGCCGGGCGAUGCGUUUUGAAGGGUUUAAAGUCCUACGAUUCGAUCAGGGGGAGAAUCGGCGAUGAGUUUUCCGAGGACUCAUUUCGGUGCUAACUUCAAGUGAGUGUUCCGUGGUCGUCGUCUCGCGCGCGCGGAUCCGAUGCAAUCUAGUGCAAGAACAUCAAGAAAUAUAUCGAGCAGUAGUCUUUGGAAGUAAACGACCGUCGAAAGUGGACCCCGAAAGAAAAAAAAACUAAAAAAAAAACCGGAAAACUGAUACAAUUCGAUCCUGCUGUAAUCAAACAUUUGCACCGUUCGAUAAAUGUGCAAUUCCUGAUUUACACGGAACCGUUGCGUCGAUUGUAUCAUUUGUUUCGUUGCGCGUAUUUUUUUUUUCAGUUUUUUUUUUCCUUCCUUCUGCCUUUCCUCUUUCAAUUCCGUCCAGUUCCGUUGCUGUUCCGAUUCGUGGAUUCAAUUGGAGACAGAUAAUAAUAAUCCGAUAAAAAGUGAAUCGAUCUGAAUCGGGAUUUGGUUUUAGGAAGUGGGAUUUAAUUAAUGGAAUUGCGUCGUUGCAAGCAAUCGAACGGCGGAUUGUUGUGUUGUUGUAGUGGUAGAAGUAGAAAAACAGCUGACAUUUGAGAAGAUCCUAACCUCAAUAUUUCCGAAAAAGAAAGGACGCGUGUUAGCAAGCUCCAUAUUUCACUUCAGAUAUAAGGCCAGACUUUUAUCAGAAACAAAUCUGCAAUAUGCCAUUAUAUGCAUGGGGUGCAAACAGUUACGGACAACUGGGAUUGGGUGUGAAGGCAGAUGCACAGCUGGAGCCGAGGGAGGUGCACCUGGAGGGCACUGGACUGAGAGCGGAGAACAUUGUGGAGAUAUCCGGGGGCGCCGGACACACCUUGGUGCUGGACAACAAUGGGCAUGUGUACUGCUGCGGAUGGAACAUGAAGGGACAGCUGGGUCUGUCCGAUGAUACCCUGAAGUUCGAGCAGAUCGAGAUCCUCGCCGGAUUCAAAAUAGUGCACGUGUCGUGUGGAUGGGACUUUAGUUCGGCGCUGACCGCCUGCGGCAAGCUCUUCGUGUGGGGCAACAACGCCUACCUGCAGCUCGGCCUUUCGAAGAGCAUCACCUGCACGGGAAUCCCGUCGCGCCUUCACGUCUCCCAGAAGCUCGCGACCGGCUUCACGAGGGUGAGCUGCGGUCUGCGACACAUGGCGAUGAUCACGAAGGAGGACGCGAUGCUGGUGGCAGGCACCGGCAGCAAGGGCCAACUGGGCAUAGGUGACGAUUACAAUGAUGAUGGGUACAUGAGUAUAUCGAAGGUGCCCGAUCUGGAGGGCGUCAAGUCGAUAGCGGCUGGACAGAACCACACGGUCUGUCUGAAGAGCGACGGCACCGUCUUGACCUGGGGCGAGAACAAGCACGGUCAACUGGGACUGGAUUCGGCGAAGGCGAACAUCUUCGUGCCCACCGAGAUCUUCAGCGACGAGUCGUUGGAGCAGGUGGCCGCUGGUUGGACGCACACGGCGGCCCUCACGAGCUCCGGCGAGGUGUACACCUGGGGUCGCAACUCGUACGGUCAGCUCGGCGCUCAGCAUGCCGUCUCCCAUAAACCGGAGAAGAUACCGGCGUUCCGUGACGUGGUGCAGCUGAGCUGCGGCUCCGAGCACAAUCUCGCCGUCAGCAAGGACGGUAAGCUCUUCACUUGGGGCUGGAACGAGCACGGUAACUGCGGCACCGACGACACCGACAACGUCUUCAAGCCCAAACAAAUCCUAGCCAAUAAAAAGGUCAAGCUCGCCUUCGCAUGUAUAGGUCAUUCGUUCGCGAUCGUCGAAUAACGAAAACAUUCUAUUCAUCUACUUUAUUAUCUUAAUUACGAUAUUUUCAUGUUCAUAUUAUUAAGUAUUUUUAUAAUGAUUUAAUUAGUGUAUUCUGUAUUUUUAUAAUAAAAUAUGAUACAUGUACAUAUGUUAUUCGAUUCGAACACACACAUAUAUAAACACACACAAUUCUGGCAAAUUGCAAUAACUGUAACAGCAAGAAAGGAAAAGAAGGAGGCUGGGAAAGACAUAAGGACGAGCAAGAAGCACAAGCAAAGAUUAAUGAUGGAUGGACACAAAACACAUGAAAAUACAUCUCCAAUUAGAUAACAACAACAACGUACGAUUCAACAGCAAGCAAACACCAACAUCAUCUUACAAACACACACACACACGUACACAUAGAAAAAAAGACAAUCGAAAAACGCGCGAGUGCGGGGGUGAAUUAUUACUUAAUGUGAUGCAUGUACAUACAUAAAUAUUUCUAUAUAUAUAUAUACGAGCGGGUGUUUCUAGCAAUUCUUAUAUGUAUAUAUACAUAAAUACAAUUGGCAUACGAAUUAUAAAAAUACAUCUAUCUAUAUACAGGACGUAAAAUAAAGAUAAGGUAAAAACAA